AUGACAUCAGUAAGGUUUGUAAUUGCAAAUUAAAUAUCCCCUUCAAACCGAAACUCAUUGCAAGAAUUUAAAAAUGCCUUUAUUAUUGAUUCAUAUUAAUAAUAAUAAAAUAAUUAAUUAAACGAGAUCACUAUAUAAAAUCAAAUAAAUUAAAAUAAUAUUGUAAAUAUAAUACCGCAAUAAUUAGUUUAAUAAUAAAUUAAUCUCAAAAAUUUACCUCCAAAAAGGCCUUCAUUAAAAAUUAAUUCGAAAUUAUAGAAAUCAAAAUUUUAAUAAUUUUAAAAUUAAGAACAAAAUACUGCAUAAUAAUAAGAUUCUUUAUAUAAUUGUACUAUUAAAUAAAGUUAAGAUUCAAUAAAUUAAUUAUAAUUGGACUUUUAAAAGAGUAUUUCCUAAGAUUCGGAAGAGUCUUUGGUAUUGUAGAAAAAAAAAUAUUAAUAAAAAAUAUUUAAUGGAGUUGUUAAAAUACUAGAAUAUGUUAGAAAUGAUAAAAAUAAUUUAAAUUAAAUCGAAGUUUUUGAAUUAGGAAUAACCGUCUUUUUUUUAAAUUUAUUAACUUUAAAAUUUUCAGAAAAAGUUGAUGAAUUAUUUUAAUAUUUUAAAUUAUCUUUAAAUGACGAGAAUAUAUAAAAUUACUAACAAUUUAAGCCUUUUGGAACCUGUGAAGAGUAUAAAGGCGAUGAAAUCGAUUUUAUUUAAAAUUUGAAAGGAAGAGAAAAAUAUUUCCAAAAAGAAUAUGAAUUGAGGAGUGUUUUUUAAAAAAAUUUUCAAAGAAUUUUCCAUGCGAGUCUUUUUUUCUAAUGCAUAGAUGAAUUUGAAGAAAUACUAAAGCUUUAUGAGGAUGAUGUCUAAUAAAAGAAAUUAAAUGUACGAUAAGAUGUAUUAUUACUAGCUUUAAAUUAUGAAAAUGAAUCCAUUGUGAAUUUUUUAUUAAAAAAUAAAACUAGAAUAUACGCUGCGUAAGGAGAAGGAAUAAAGGAUUUUAUAAAAUAAAAAUAAAUUCCAAUAAAUAAUGAAAAUAUAAAUGAAAUUUGUAUAAAUUCUUUAUUUCUAACUUAUUAUUAUACUGUUUAUUGUUUUUCAGCUAAAAUGAUUUAGUUUGUAAUCUCUAAAACUGAAGAUGCAUUUUAGAAUAAACUUAUUUUAUAACAUUUCAUUUAAUAUUAAUUAAAUUCUUUGUGUAUGAAACUAUUCAUGAAAAUGCUUAUAUAGAAAUAAGAAUUAGAUAAAGAAAUGGUUUAAAUAUGUAUUAAUAAUUAUAAUUUCUAGUUCCUGUAUUUUUAUUAAAAUAAGGCAAGAAAUAAAGUCUGGGGAUGGCUAGAAGAAGCUUAGUAUUAAAAAGCACUAGUAAAAUCUGUGAGGAAAUCUAAAGGAAGAAAUUUCGAAAGCCUGAUUUUUUUCUUGGCUAAAAUUGAACUUUGGUCAUCGAAAGAUCUAAUUUAAUUAAUGGCAGAGACUUUGUACGAAAGGCUUGAUUCUGAAAUAAAUGAUAAUAAUUUUUUAUUUUCAUUUAACAAUCCACUAAAGGUUGUUGUUUUAAUUAUUGAAUUAUUAGAUAUUACUAUAAAUAAUGUGUAUUAUUAAAAGAAUAUGCUUUUUAAAGCAAAGAGAUUAUAUAUGAAUUUUGCUUAAAAACUCAUCAAAACUGCUAUUGAUGAAGAUUAAAUGUAUGAAUUAUUGAUUGAUUGGGAUCUUUAAGGUAGGAAACUUUUACAUAUAAUUUAUUAAAAUUCACUUAUGGACAUUAUUGCAGAUAAUAAAGUAUAGGAUGUAAUUGAUAUUUUAUGGAAUGGAAACAAUUUAAUAACUAAUAAUAUUCUUAGCUUUUCUUCUAUUAGUUAAAAUUUGUUUAAAGAUUAAUUUAACAAAUCUUUAAGAAAAAAAUAGAAUUACUUUUAUCCAUUUAAUUAGAAAUAUAGGGACGAAUCUUUUGUUUUAUAAUAAGAUGUUUGGGUAAAAUAAAUAAAACUUAGACAUUAUUUAGAUUAAUUUUCAAUUCUAAUUUUUAUAAUUUUUUAUAUUAUUCUUUUCUAUUACAUAUUUGAUGCUUUUGAAUAUGAUGAAAAAGACGAAAUAUUUGUUGUAAAUUCGAAAUAAAUAAUUGAUAAAAUAAAGCAUAAUCUUAUAUCUAUGAUAGUUAUUCCUUUAUUUUUUGGAAUAAAUUUACCUUUACAUUCAAUAGUAAAAAUAAUAUACUUAAAAGAAUAUGAAAAAAAUGUAAAAUUAAAUGCAGGUCAUAUAUUAGAUAUUAUAAUUUCUAUUUUCAGUUUAUAUUAUAUAUUCUUUAUUAUUUAUUUAGAUGAAAACAAUACUAAUGAGAUUUAAUCUUAAUUUAAAAUAUUACAUUAUAUUCUACUUAAUCUUAUUUUUUUAAAAGCUAUUAAUUGUUUUACUGCUACUAAACUUUUUGGUCCACUUUUAUAAGCCUUAAUUUUUAUUUUUAUUGAAUGUUUUAAAUUCUUAAUUAUAUUUUCUCUUAUUUUAGCUUUAUUUACAUUUAUAGAGUAAUUAUUUAAAAGUUUUGAAGUAAGUUUAUUAUAUUUAAUAGAAACAAUGUUUGGAUAAUUCUCAUUUUCAAGUUAUUAAUAAAAUUAUCCAGUAUUGGGUCCUACUUUUAUAUUUAUUUUCUUAUUUGCGAUGGCAAUUUUAUUUAUUAAUGUAUUAACUUCUAUUUUAGCUUUUACUUUCGAAAAAGCGAAAAGAUAGGGAAGAAAUUUACAUUAUAAACAUAUUAUUUAAUAUAUAAGAUAAGGCAAAUUUUAAAGAAAGUACGGAUUUUUGAUAAUAAUGCCAGUAUUUCUUUAAUUUACAUUAAUUCCUUAUUUAAUAUUAAAAAUGUUUUUACAAUAAAAAUAAUUAGGUAAGGUUUGUUAGUUUUAUUAUUGGUUGGGAUAUUUUCCUAUAUUAUUUAACAGUAUACUAUUUUUUAUUAUUUUCAAUUUCUGUUUAUUACCUUUUGCAUAUAUAAAAAAUUGCUUUUAGUUAUUUAAAUUUUGGCUAAACGAUUAAAUAGAUACCAAAUUAUUACUAUAAUGGUUGUUUUUAGGGCUUUUUAUACUUAGUAAAAAGAUUAUUUGGGAUGAAAUAAAAGUCUAUUAUUGGUAUUUAAAAAGCAGUAAAUAACCUACUAUGAAAGAAUCGAAAUAAUAAAAAUAAAAUAAUGAAAGUUUUAUAUAUGUUUUUUAAACUUUAGCAAAAAUGUAUUAAUAAAAUACUAUUUAUACUACAAUUGGAGAGAUUUUUAAAUAAACAAAAUAAAAUAUUUUACUUAAUUAAAUAAAUUAAAUUGAUAUUGAUCCUGAAUAACAUAUUUUAGGUGUUAAUUUGUUAAAAAGAAAAAGUAAUCAAUAUUAAGCUUCUUCUUUUAAUUUAGAUAAAAAAUAGUUUUAGUAAAAAAAAGAUCUUUUACUAUAAAGAGCUACUUCUACUAUCCCUACUUCAAUUAUAAAUAAAAUAAAAAUUAAAACUAUUUUCGAAGGAAUACCAGAAAUGAGAGAUGCUGAUUAUGUUUAUGAAUAUUUAGAAAAUUUUUCAUUUAAGUCAGUUAUAGAAGACGAUAGAAGAGAAUCUAUUAUAAAUAUCUAGAAUGUACUCAAGUUACAUGAAAAUUAUACAAGAAAGGAACUAAAUUUAAUUAUUCAUAAUCAACUGUAUAAAGCUUUAAAAAACUUAUGA